AUGGGCGCGACUUGCAAGACGGAGCCCGUGCAAUGCAUGGGGCAGCAGCUGGCCCAUGACACGGCACAGACGGCACUCAAGACGGCCAGAGGGUUGGUGCCUGACGCUUUGUCCUCCUCCUCUGGAGGCUCGAUGGCAAAGCCGUCCGGUUUGAAGCGCCCCUGCCCACCGUCGAGGAACAGUGCUGGAGCUGCGGCUAGGGGUCGGAACCAGCCUCCCCAACCCCAACCUCCUAUGGCCUCGGUGACGAUGCCAGUGCCUGCGGAUGAGUACAACCACCGUGCCGACGGCGAGCACCCCGAGGCCGAGGAGGCCGUGGAGGAGUUGGAGAUUGAGAACGACGACGACAUCACCGAAGGCGCAGCUGCGCUGUUCGGCGAGCACCCGAUCGAUGUCGACUCCGGCGACGGCGAUGUGUAUAGGGCUGCUGGAUCAGGAGGGAGCACACUGCUCAGAUCAGCGGCGGAUCAGAGACCAAGCUCGAGAUCAAGAAAGGGCGUCGUCCUGAGUUCUCCGUCGCCGCGGCCGUCGCUCGCCCGAUGCGCUCUGAAGACGCCCUCGUAUGGCGGAUCGAGGGAGAAGGUCAACCCCAGAGACCUGUUCACCUUCUCCUACAAGUUCAGCACCGACAUCCCGAUGAGCGAAACGCAAGGGGCGUCCAUCGAUGAGUACCUGCAGAACAGUCCCAGGAUCGUCGGAGCCGUGUUUCCGGAUCAGCGCAAAAGAAGAAAGAUCAACGAUGAAGAAUGGAGCGUGCAGCUCUUGCCCAUCCAAUUCCUCUUCCUGUCGGCGUCGCCGGUGAUCGUCAUGCGCUUCGUCAGCAAGUCCGGCGGGAAGGAGUACCCGCCCAACGUCCCCGUCCACGCCACCAGCCUCCUCCUCAUGGAAGUGACGGACUACAAGCUGAAUGGUCUGGACAGCAACGCCAUGCCGUCGCACCUGGCCCUCACCGUGCGAGGCCUGAUGUACCCGCAGCGGCAGCGGGAGGGGAAGAAGAGCCUCAAGGGCCACGUCGAGAUGACCGUUGGCUUCGACCUCCCGCCGGUGCUCGCCUUGGUCCCGGAGAGCAUCAUCAGAGGCGUCGGCGAGACGGUGUUGAGGCAGAUGGCGGAGCAGAUGAAGCAGGACUUGGGCACGGGGCUGGCAGCAGAUUUCAAGAAGUACAGGAGGGAGAAGCUAACUGAGAGGCGCACAUCGCCCUGA